AUGAAAUUUGUAGAAGGAACGUUUAUUGAAACGAAAAACAAUAAUUUGAAACAAAAAUUAAGGUCUCGUUGUGCAAUAUUUGAUGUUUACAAAUACUGGACCGGUGUCUUCUUAUGCUCUUCAGCUGCAGCAUCUGUAAUGAGGAAAGCCUUCAAACAAUUGCAAUUAAGAGGAAACGAUUCUUGA